AUGGAUCUCGACGAUGACAACCGUGUUAUGUCUUUGGACCGACCGCUAUCCCCUAUGCCUUCGCGGAUGAUGACCAUAGACCCUGACCAACUCGCUGGGCGCUCCUACAAUGGCCGACCGGCUGCCAUCGACCAAGAAAACGAUGGUCAUUUUCCUGCGCCUCAAGACGCAUCACGUUCCACCAGAACUCGACACAGUGUAUCGCAACCGCGCCCGAAACGGCUGUCGACCUCAACCAAGGCCGGAAUUCCUCUGAAUAUACUUCCCUCCGCCCCCGCCUCUCCUCCUACGCCCGCACCUUCUCCGACCCCGUAUCAAAGGGCUCCUAGUUGGAACACUGCCGGCGAGAAUGAGGAUGCCUUUCUCAGAGACGCCCGGGAGCACUUCUCAAACCUGGAUGCUUCUGGGAGAGAGAGAUUCCUUGCUGAAUUCCUCAAUAUGUGCGACAGUCACCUUCUGAGUUUUGUCCACCAUUUCGUCUCUCCUCGUCUGAAGAAGGACCCUUUCGAGCAUCUUCCGGACGAGUUGUGUCUAAGAGUUUUAUCAUACAUUGACGACCCGCAAAGCCUAGCCCGAGCCUCUCAAGUGUCGCAUCGGUGGCACAAAUUGUUAAACGAUGAUAUGUUAUGGAAGAUCAUGUGCGAUCGACAUGCAUGGCGCAGAACAUCCGGGGCCUCGAAUGAUGACGUUGAAUCGCUGCAUUUACCACAGGCCAGUCAAGGCCCGUAUGUUUACAACAAUCGAUCACCCAAGCGCAACCUAGAUGGUUCUAUCAUUGGCCCGUCUAGCAGUGCGCCAAAUCUGUCGCUAUUGAACCAAGAUCAGGACUCGGCGAGUCCUCGAUCCAAGAAAAGACAAUCUCAUUACUCGCAUUUUAGGCACAAGUACAUGAUUGAGGCCGCCUGGAGGAAAGGCGGUGAGAGCAUCAUCAAGCAUAUCACCCCUGACCAAGGGGUGGUGACAAGUCUGCAUUUGACAGACAAGUACAUCGUUGUGGCCAUGGACAACGCCAAAAUCCAUGUCUUCAACACCGUUGGCGAACAUCAAAAGACCCUGAAGGGCCAUGUAAUGGGCGUCUGGGCUAUGGUGCCUUGGGACGAUAUCCUUGUCAGCGGCGGAUGUGACAGGGAUGUUCGUGUCUGGGACAUGUCCACCGGCAAAAGCAUUCACACGCUAAGAGGCCAUACCUCGACCGUGAGAUGCUUGAAGAUGUCUGACGCCAACACAGCAAUUUCUGGUUCUAGAGACACGACCCUGCGGGUAUGGGACCUCACCACCGGAAUGUGCAAAAACGUUCUUGUUGGCCACCAAGCCAGUGUUCGAUGUCUGGCCAUCCACGGAGACCUGGUAGUUUCGGGCAGUUAUGAUACCACAGCGCGAAUCUGGAGCAUUUCCGAGGGUCGAUGUCUCCGGACGUUAACUGGCCAUUUCAGCCAGAUAUAUGCGAUUGCUUUUGACGGCAACCGCAUCGCGACUGGAAGUCUCGACACCAGCGUUCGGAUCUGGGAUCCUAAGACGGGCAUGUGUACCGCUAUCCUACAAGGACAUACAUCUCUGGUGGGGCAGCUGCAGAUGCGAGGCGAUACGCUCGUGACAGGUGGCUCUGACGGAUCGGUGCGUGUGUGGUCGUUGCAGACCAACACACCUAUCCACCGCUUGGCUGCGCACGAUAAUAGUGUUACGAGUCUGCAGUUUGAUGAUCACCGAAUUGUAAGUGGCGGUAGUGACGGCAGGGUGAAAAUCUGGAGUCUCGAGACAGGCCAGUUGGUGCGCGAGCUCAGUCAACCAGCAGAAGCAGUUUGGAGAGUGGCGUUUGAAGAGGAAAAGGCCGUCAUCAUGGCCAGCCGGUCCAACCGGACUGUUAUGGAGGUUUGGUCUUUUUCACCACCGGAAGAGCCUUGGGAACGAAGGUCAGAGAGUCCGUUGAGCUUACCUGAGCGAAUAUCCGCUGCAGCACAUGAUGAUAAGGACGAUGAUGAACGGACAGCGGGGCGUCCAGAGAAGCAGAGCAGCGGCGAUGUUGAUGCUACUAUGAGCGACGUAUAG